AUGAGUGGCUAUGUUAAAGGAAGGGAAGAAGGACAGAGAAAAAGGGUUAAGGAUGGGAAUGAAGUCAUCAAAUCCAACCCCUCCAAGCGCCACCGGGACCGGCUGAAUGGGGAGCUGGACCGGCUUACGGACCUGCUGCCAUUUUCCGAGGACGUUCGUUCCUGCCUGGACAAACUGUCCGUCCUACGACUCAGUGUAGGAUACUUGCGGGUCAAAAGCUAUUUCAAAGCGACAGUAAAGAACAGCACCAGCAAUGGAUUUACAGGAGACAAUGGAACCACUAGCAACAACUUGCUCACCAAAGGCUUUUCUGAGGCAGACCUGCUGCUCCAGGCGCUGAAUGGCUUUGUGUUGGUGGUCACGUCUGAGGGGUCCGUGUUCUACACGUCGCCCACCAUCAAGGACUACCUGGGCUUCCAGCAGUCGGACGUCGUUCACCAGAGCGUUUUCGAGCUCAUCCACACUGAUGACCGCGCUACAUUCAGGCAGAACCUCCACUUUGCUUUAAACCCACCUGACACCGCCGGAGAAGGCUUGGAGGAAUGCAUGAAAGCAGAGUACUACAAUCCUGAUCAACUCCCUCCAGAGAACUCGUCAUUUCUGGAAAGAAGUUUUGUGUGUCGCUUUCGUUGCCUCCUGGACAACUCGUCUGGCUUUUUAGCUCUCAAGUUCCACGGACGACUCAAGUACCUGUAUGGCCAAAAUAUCUUCAGGGACAACGGGUCACAGAUUAAACCGCAGCUCGCGCUCUUCUCCAUCGCCAUGCCUGUCCAGUCUCCAUCCAUUGUGGAGAUCCGUUCAAAAAUGUUGCUCUUUCAAACAAAGCACAAGCUAGACUUUACGCCUUUGGGCGUUGACAGCAGGGGUAAGAUUAUUUUGGGCUACUCGGAGACUGAGCUCUGCAUGAAAGGCUCCGGCUACCAGUUUAUCCAUGCUGCCGACAUGAUGCACGUUGCUGACAAUCACACACGCAUGAUCAAAACUGGAGAAAGCGGCCUGACAGUUUUUCGUCUCCUGACUAAGUCAGGAAGCUGGAUUUGGGUCAAAGCUAACGCCAAGUUGAUCUACAAAGGAGGAAGACCUGACUUCAUCAUCUCGUAUCAGCGAGCGAUGCUGAACGCCGAGGGUGAGGAGUACCUCCGCCAGAGGAGUUUGGGGCUGCCUUUCAGCUUCACCACAGGCGAGGGUGUGCUUUACAACAGUGGCCCAACAAUAAACCUGGCACAGACACAAUUCAACAAUAAAUUCAACAACAAUGGUGACAUGGACACCAGCAAGGAUACACAGCCCCCCCGCUCACUAUUGGACUGCUUCCUCAGGCAGGAUGAGUCCGCCUACAACCAGACGGUAGAAGAGACCUUACCUGUGGAUCAGAUCUUCAGGGACAGCCGUGCACUGGUGAGUGUGCCUAGUAACGCUUGGCAAGAAACUGGCGUGGCAGCCACUUCCAGUGCCCCACCCGUGGUUAAAGAGGAGGCCAAGCAGUCGGCGAUGACUGUGAUCGAUAAUCUGCGGGAUAUGGCGCAGAAUGGUGAUUUUGGUGGCACCCUGAAUGACCUGGUGAUCAACGAUUCUGAGCUGAUGCAGUUUAAAGAGUCUCUCAAGCGGUUGGGUGAGGAGGGUUAUCAGCAAGAGACCAUGAGGUCCGAUCUGGACAACGUCCUCCUGUGUGAGAUAUUUGACCACAUCGAUUCUGUUUUGUACAAGGAGAAUGCCCAAGAAUGCCCUGCCUCUUGCCUGAAGCAAGAUGCUUUAAUGCUGCCGCCACAGCAGUUCCCGAUACCAUCACAGGGUGGGAUUAUCCCACAAAAAAACAGCUUCUACUCCGGGGAAAUCUCAGCAGAAUCUGCUCCGACAUACAACAGUGCAAAGAAACUUUCCCACUGUGGGCCCUUGCCAGGUCCCGCAAAUGAGCUCAAGGCUCCUCUUCAGCAGCUGCAACUCCAUAACAUUUUCAGCCCAGAAAUAGAACUUCCAGAACUUAUUGUGCCUGAUUUGUCUGCUGUUGGUGGUCCUGUUCACUUUUCAGGACUUGGACAGCAGCAGCAGCCGGUUCAACACCAUCAAAAUAAUAGCUACUCUGUGAUACCACAAGUUCCUUGCAAUGACUUUAUUAACCCAAAUGCUGCACUCCCUGACCUUACAACAUUUCCUCCAUCGUGGUCACAGUGCCAUCAGGCUGUCACGCACAACGGUCCAGUUCCUGAAAGCCAAACAUUCCCCUCUGCCGGACCCUGGCCAAGGGCAGUCAACGGGCUAGACCAUGCAAAGCAGGCAGCCAAUCAAAGCAGCUGCAUGUACACACAGCCCCUGGCGCUUGCGCACUCCUCCCACCAGAGUCCUCCACAGGGCAGCUGUUACAUCCAAUGGGGUAGCACUCAACCUGCGGUGGGCUCAUUGACUAUUGGUGUGGAAAACACCAACAUCAGUCCGAUGACGGCUCCGUCCAACUUGUCAACAUCCCAGAGAAUCUAUAACCUUCAGUGCUACCAGGAAUGA